GCGGUGAGCCCAGCUCCCGGGAGCGGCCCGAGCAGCCGAGCGCCCAGGGCUGCCCUUCCCGGGCCGGCGGGCUCCCCGGGCUCCCCGCCGCCGCCCCGUGCGCCCCGGGAGGGCCCGGCAUGCUGCGCCAGCUGCUGCUCGCCAAGCUCUGCCUGGCGGGUCCCCCAGCGCCCGCGCGCGCCUGCCAGCUGCCCUCCGAGUGGAGGCCCCUGAGCGAGGGCUGCCGCGCCGAGCUGGCCGAGACCGUCGUGUACGCCAGGGUGCUGGCGCUGCACCCCGAGGCGCCCGGCCUCUACAACCACCUGCCCUGGCAGUACCACGCCGGCCAGGGGGGCCUCUUCUACUCGGCCGAGGUCCAGAUGCUGUGCGACCAGGCGUGGGGCAGCAUGCUGGAGGUGCCCGCCGGCUCCAGGCUCAACCUCACCGGCCUGGGCUACUUCUCGUGCCACUCCCACACCGUGGUCCAGGACUACUCCUAUUUCUUCUUCCUCAGGAUGGAUGAAAAUUAUAACCUCUUGCCUCACGGAGUCAAUUUCCAAGAUGCCAUCUUCCCAGACACUCAAGAGAACAGAAGGAUGUUUUCUAGCCUUUUCCAGUUUUCAAACUGUUCGCAAGGGCAGCAGCUGGCGACUUUCUCCAGUGACUGGGAAAUCCAGGAAGACAAUAGGGUAGGAAUCGGCUAAAUCCUGUGCCAGAGCAAAACAAGGUGUA